AUGCUCAAUCUACGCCAGAGCCUGCGGACACGGCAAGGCAGUGAGGAGCGGUCCGCCGCUUCUUGGCGCCUGCUGGCCUCCAAACCCGCCAAGUUCAUCGCCACGGGGCUUCUGGCCGUCUCCUUUGCCUUCAUCUUGUUGCGGCUCUUUCACUACCCAAAUCAUGUGGCGACGACGACGACAGCUCCGAUUGCGCAGAUAGUCAACGACGUUCAGAACGCAGUCCCUGAGACCGCGACACCAGCAGCAGCACCGCCCGUCAUCAAGGGAAAUGCGCGCCUUCACCUCCUGGUCCCGGCGACCAGCACGAAUGCAGAACUCUGCAAACUCCUUCUUUCCGCGCAGAUUCUGGGCUAUCCGACCCCCGUCUUAAUUAAUUAUGGCGACCACGAAGCCUCCGACCCUUACGUUCAGCACCUCGCAAAGGUCGAGGGCAUCCUCCGGUAUCUGGAGACGCUCGAGCCGUCGGGCGACUACGCCGAGGAUCUUGUACUAAUUGUCGACGGCUACGAUAUAUGGUUUCAGCUCCGGCCGGAUGUUCUUCUAAAGCGAUUCUAUGAGAUCAAUGCUGCGGCGGAUGCGAGGGCGAUUGAGACGUACGGGGAGGAAUUUUUCAGCCAGCAUGACAUGCGACAGACGAUUGUUUUUGGCCCGGAUAAGAUUUGCUGGCCGGUGGAUUUCAGCCGACCGGCGUGCUGGGCGGUGCCGACGAGUCCUUUGCCUCAGAGUGUGUUUGGAACUCCGCCGAACGGAACGGAUGACCGUGAUAAGAACCAGGCUCGAUGGCUGAACAGUGGAACUGUCUUAGGGAAUGCGCAGGAUAUGAAAGCUGUCUUUGCCGCCACUCUGGAGGAAAUUCACACGAAUCACACCACCGACUCGGAUCAGUUCUACUUUUCGAAUGUCUUUGGGAAUCAGGAACUCGCUCGUCUCCGCCUCAAGCCAGAGUUGCUUGAAGAGGCGAAGAGUGUGAAGUACUAUGAUUGGGAAGACAAAAGCGAGGGCUUCCGCGCUGAGCCAGAUCUUUCGAAUAAGAAGACCGAGUACCACAUCGGUAUCGACUACUAUUCGAGCAUGUUCCAAACGCUGGCGUUCUGGAAACAGCACCUGUCGUGGUCACGAGCGAUCGAUUCAUUUGAUUCGCCUUUUGGGAGCAGUCCAUACCAGAUGCUCUUGGCCGAUGACAUCGAGGAAUCACCUCCUCCGUUCCAGUCUUUGGAAGAUGGUCGCGAUGGGGAGAAGCAUCCUGGUUCAUGGGCUGAAGUGGAAUUGGCGUACAAUGUCAUCACGCAAGAACAGCCCGUCCUUGUGCAUGUGACUGGCAACGCCGACGAGAAGCGGUACCGAUGGCUAUGGUGGUCGAGGCUAUGGUUUCAGGCGAAUGCAGAGAGCCUUCGACUUGCGACAACCCAGCUGGACCAGCGACGGAUCUCGCAAGAACCGAUCGGCGGGUAUAUCUGGUAUCACGCGGAUGAAGGUGAUGCAGAGGAGGUAGCGUCCGUGGGGAAAGGUGGCGCAUGGACGGAUCGAAGAGGAUGGUUGGGCUGGAAGCGAUUAUGUGGGCCUCAUGAAGAGCAGAUCUAUCAUGUGCCUGAUGAUGAGUGGUGGCAUCCAAAGCCGGAUCCUGAAGCGCCUCCUCCUCCGCCAGAGGGAGAAGGUCUACCACCACCGCCCGAGGCUGAGUUCCCUCCACCGCCAGAAGGAGAAGGUCUACCACCACCACCUCCUCCAAUGGGAGAGAUGCCCUCACCAGUAGAAGAGGCAGCACCUCCACCGCCAGAGCCUCAAAUGCCGGCAGCAGAACUACCGGCGGAGGCUCCAAACUUUCCAGCAGGGGAAGAGCCCCGAGCGAAUAGCGGAGAUUACAUCCCAGUGGAACAGGCUCCGCGGGAAGUGAUAGAUGCAGCUGCACAGAACGCUAGAAAGCGGCGGAGAGAUUCCCGGCGAUAG